AGAUUAGUUCGAAUAUUAAAUCCAGAAAUUAUGAAUGAUGUCAAACGAAAACCUGUAAGAGCUGUUAUGCGUUUAAUCAUUUUAACCUUACAGGAUUUAAUUUCUAAUAAUGCAAUUAAAA